UGACGUAUUCUAUGUCUUCCAUGCAACGGAGUGGACGCCCACCCCCCUCUGUCGCCCUCCGCCCCCGAUCUAGGGUGGUGGGCAAGUAGUGCCCACGGUCCCGAGUGUUACACUCUCCUCACGUCUGAUCCCCAGACAACCAGAGCAAGGCUGGGGACCCGGACAUGGCUAGCAUAUAAAGGCCCAGUCCCCCGAACCGAGUUCCAGUCACUCUCUUCCCCCUCCAGUACCCAAGGUGUCGUCCACUCGUUCCAGUCACUCGUUGCACACCCAACCGUACGCACCAUGAAGGCCACCAUCCUCGCCCUCGGCGUCUUCGCCGCACACGCAGCUGCCAACUUCGGCGAGCAAGAGCCCCCCCCUUUCUCGCUCGGCCAACCCACCGUCGUGUUCCCCACUCCCACCUGGGGACCGGACAAGCCUCACCCACAGCCCCCUAAGUGGACGACCAGCACCAUCUACACGACCAGCAUCCAAACCAUCACCAGCUGCGCCCCGGAGGAGACCAAGUGCCCGGGCCACGGCAUCGUCGUCACCACCGUCACCAUCCCCGUGAGCACCACCAUCUGCCCGGUGACCGAAACAACCGAGGCGCCGCCCCCACCCCCGCCGCACACCACGGUCGUGCCGCCGCCCCCUCCCCCUCCCCCAACAUCCACCGUCCACCCGCACCCCCCUCCCCCGCCGCCUCCGCCUCCGCCGCCCCCGCCGGCGAGCAGCACCAAGUCGGCCGAGGUUCCUCCGCCGCCCCCUCCGCCGCCGCCGCCGCCGCCUCCCCCCGUCGUCACCAGCGCGCCCACCCUGACCCGCUCGGUCGGGACCACGGCGCUGCCGAGCAAGACGAGCACGGGCCAGCCCAUCGCCACCGGGGGCGCGGCCGAGCGCGGCGUGCAGCGGGCCGGUGGGGCGCUGGCGGUUAUUGCGGUCGCUGCGGCGCUGCUGUGAAUGGAUGGGCUUGUUUUUUUGGGGGGGGUGGUGAAGAUUUCUUCCGGGGAGUGAGAGUGUAAUAGAGGGCUCUUGCGAGGAUGUGUUAGGGAUUGGAGAUGGUUCUGAUGUGGAAUGUUUGUG